AAAGCCGCGGUUGGGGGCGUGGUUUUGUAUUCAGUCUCGCGUGGCCGCUGGAGUGAGUUGAUUGUGCGUCAGUCUUUCAUGUAGACGCUCUUCCUCUAGGAACCUAGUGACUUCACUGCACCCCACCCCCAGGACCGAGAAGACCCCUAUUCCUCCUCUCUUUGCUUCCAGCCCAGAUUGGACGUCUGAAUUCCUAGCAUUGCACUCCAUGCCAGCUUCCCUGCAGUUCCCAGCCUCUUUGAACCGAGGCACAGAUGGAAAAUAAUUUCCCGGAGAGGAAAUGAGGAGAAGCCUGGCUCCUAGCCAACUGGGCAAAAGGAAGCCCGGAGAGGACAGUCCUGAGGAUGAGGAUGAUUGGCAUCCUAAAGCUAUUCCAAAAAGGCAGAAACAUGGCGGUAAAGCUGAUAACAAGGAAUGCUAUAUCUCGCCUUUCCGGAAACCCUUGGCUCAGUUAACCAAUCGGUCUCACUGCCUUGAUGGCAGCAAACACGAGGCUUUUAUCCGCAGCAUUUUGUCAAAACCUUUCAAAGUUCCCAUUCCAAAUUAUACAGGCUCUCUGGGCUUAAAGGCCCUGGGUGUUAAACGUGCAGGGGUUAGGCAUGCUCUACAUGAUCCUUUUGAGGAAGGGGCUUUGGUGCUGUAUGAGCCUCCACCUCUCAGUGCUCAUGAGCAGCUGAAAAUUGAUAAGGAGAAAUUUCCUGUUCAUGUUGUAGUGGAUCCUGUUCUGAGUCGCGUUUUACGGCCACAUCAGAGAGAGGGAGUGAAGUUCCUGUGGGAGUGUGUGACAGGCCGCCGUAUCCUCGGAAGUCAUGGCUGCAUCAUGGCUGAUGAGAUGGGUUUGGGUAAGACCCUGCAGUGCAUCACUCUGAUGUGGACGCUCUUGCGCCAGAGCCCAGACUGCAAGCCUGAAAUUGACAAGGCCAUCGUCGUCUCGCCUUCCAGCCUGGUGAAAAACUGGUACAAUGAAGUGGGCAAAUGGCUUGGAGGAAGGAUCCAGCCCCUGGCUAUUGAUGGAGGCUCUAAAGAGGACAUAGACAGGAAGUUAGCUGGCUUUAUGAACCAGAGAGGCCUUCGAGUACCGUCCCCCAUCCUAAUUAUUUCCUAUGAGACUUUCCGCCUUCAUGCUGAAGUUCUUCAGAAAGGAAAUGUUGGGUUGGUCAUAUGUGAUGAGGGUCACAGGCUCAAGAACUCGGACAACCAGACAUACCAAGCUCUGUACAAAUUGAACACCCCACGCCGAGUGCUCAUCUCAGGAACCCCUAUUCAGAAUGACCUCCUUGAAUACUUCAGCUUAGUACAUUUUGUCAACUCAGGCAUCCUAGGGACCGCCCAGGAAUUUAAAAAGCACUUUGAAAUUCCCAUCCUGAAAGGCAGGGAUGCAGAUGCAAGUGAAGCAGGAAGGCAUAAGGGAGAGGAGAGGCUUAAAGAGCUUAUCAGUAUUGUCAACAGAUGUCUUAUAAGGAGAACUUCAGAUAUUCUUUCAAAGUAUCUGCCAGUGAAAAUCGAACAGGUGGUGUGUUGCAGGUUGACUCCCCUUCAGUCUGAGCUGUACAAACAGUUUCUGAAACAAGCAAAACCAGCUGAAGAUCUGAAAGAGGGAAAGAUUAGCGUGUCAUCUCUCUCCUCAAUCACAUCUCUGAAGAAGCUCUGUAACCACCCUGCCCUCAUCCAUGACAAGUGUGUGGAGGAGGAAGAAGGGUUUGUGGGUGCGCUGAAGUUGUUCCCUCCUGGCUACAGCACCAAAUCUCUGGAACCCCAGCUCUCAGGGAAGAUGCUGGUUCUAGACUACAUUCUGGCAGUUACUAAGAGCACUAGCAAUGAUAAAGUAGUCUUGGUGUCAAAUUACACCCAAACACUGGACCUCUUUGAGAAACUCUGCAGAAAUAGGAGAUACUUGUAUGUCCGUCUGGAUGGGACCAUGUCCAUCAAAAAGAGGGCAAAAGUAGUGGAGCAUUUCAACAGUGUCUCUAGCCCUGAGUUCAUUUUUAUGCUGAGCAGCAAGGCUGGUGGUUGUGGUUUAAAUCUCAUUGGAGCAAACAGACUUGUGAUGUUUGAUCCAGACUGGAAUCCAGCUAAUGAUGAACAAGCCAUGGCCCGUGUAUGGAGGGAUGGCCAAAAGAAGACUUGCUAUAUCUAUCGAUUGCUCUCGACGGGAACUAUUGAGGAAAAAAUCUUCCAGCGCCAGACGCACAAGAAGGCUCUCAGCAGCUGUGUAGUGGAUGAAGAACAGGAUGUGGAAAGACACUUCUCUCUUGGAGAACUGAAGGAACUUUUCACACUCAAUGAGACUACCACAAGUGAUACCCAUGACAAGAUCAAGUGUCGUCGCUGUGUGAACGGCCAUCAAGUCAGGCCACCUCCAGAAGGGUCUGACUGUACUUCUGAUCUAUCUCAGUGGAAUCACUGUGCUGAUAAACGUGGCCUCCAGGAUACUGUCCUCAAGGCUGCCUGGGAUGCUGCUGUCACCUUCACUUUCCACCAUCAUUCCCAUGAGGAGCAGCGAGGAAUUCCAUGACUGUUGAUUUCAUCUUCUGAAGCUCAACUUAUUUAAGAAAACGUAUUUGCUACCACUAUGCUGGUUAUCUUCAUCAUUAAGAUAAACAAUCUCUUCACCAAGAAUGUAGCAAAAUAACUUUCUCUUCUGCAUGAUAUAUUACAGGCUACCUUUAUAAAAGACAACCCUGACAAAAAAGCAUUUGGCUACUGGAUAGACUUGGUGAAGCAGGCUCUUACAAAUACCAGUUCUUGAAAUAAAAGUUUGUCUUUUAGCAUCCAUGUACUGAACAUUUCCAACAGGAAAAAGAUUAUACAUAUUAAACAGUGCCUGAUGGAUUGCAAAAGGCCCUGGUGUGAAUGGAAAAAAUGAUGCACCCUCCUCCCCCAUAUCAGUCCAGUUGAUUGCCACUUCCAUAGAAAAAAAAGUCUGAAAAGUUCUAAUUAUACCUGUCUAAUCAUUUUGGAAAGCUGUGUCCCUCUUAACUUAUUUGUUAAGGCAGAUUAAUAUAUGAACCAAUUUUAAUCAGAUAUACCAUAAAUUUUACAUUAAAAUCAUCCUUGGUAACCUCCUAUCAAAAUUACUGUUACAAUUUUUUGUUUUCUACAAUAAAGUCAUAAUUAAAAUUAAA